GCCGCCGUUGUCGCUGGUGACGGCGGGACGCGGCGGGGCCGGGGGCGCGAGCGCUGGCCUCAGUCAGCGGCGGGGCGGCCGCCGUCCGUCGGUCCUUCCGUCCCUCCGUUCGUCCGGUCUGCGGGGCCAUGGGAGGCCGAACCGAGACCGGAGCCCCCGCCGAGCGGUAGGGCCGCCGGGAACAUGGCGGAGAGGCUGGAAUGGGUGGAAAUCAUCGAGCCUCGAACCCGGGAGCGCAUGUACGCCAACCUCAUCACGGGGGAGUGCGUGUGGGACCCUCCCGCCGGGGUGCGGAUCAAACGCACGAAUGAAAACCAGUGGUGGGAGCUCUUCGAUCCCAACACCUCCCGUUUCUACUACUACAAUGCCACCACGCAGAGGACAGUGUGGCACCGGCCACAGAACUGCGAUAUCAUCCCUCUGGCCAAGCUGCAGACCCUGAAGCAGAACACAGAGUCGCCGAGGGCUUCCACGGAGAACAGCCCUGGGAGGAGCAGCAAUGUCAGCAGGGAGGGCAGCACCAGCUCCUCCCUGGAGCAGGAGCUGGAGGGCAGCGAGAAGGUGCAGGAGCAGAGGUCGAGCCGUCAGUCAACCCAGUACGCCGUAGUGAAGGAAGAAACGGAAAGUUCGUCGCCUUCCGGAGUGUUUGAGAAAGAAUAUGACAUUUAUCGGGAUUACAGUGCGGAAGGUCAACUCCUCCACUACAGGACAUCAUCGCUGCGAUGGAACGCCGGCACCAAGGAGCGGAUGCUGAUCAAGGUGACCGACCGCGAGCCCAGCUUCCUCAUGCACCAAGGCAAUGGCUACGCGCCCGAAAACCAACCGGGUACCCGUUCGCGGCGACCCUCAGGGGGCCAACAGUCGCCCAACCUACAAACCUUCGCCCCCGACACCGACAACUCUGUUUUCUUCCCGGAGAGGAAGCAGUCGCCCUUCCUGAAGAGGGCUGAGCACGUGGGCAGCUGCUCGCCGCUGCUCGGCCGGGGGGACUCCUUCUGCUCCCCACUCCAAGCCCAGCACCGCAAGCACUCGAGCGAGUCUCAACCCUCCUCGCCCCGCUACGCCUACGAGCCCCCCCUUUACGAGGAACCCCCCAUGGAGUACCAGGCUCCCAUCUACGACGAACCCCCCGUGGACAUGCAGUACGAAGCCAGCGGGAGCUACAAAGCCGGCUCGCCGCAGAAAUCGCCCAUCCGUAAACCUCACCCCUUCCUGCAAUCGCCCAAGCAAGGCUCCAACUCGCCCUACCAGCAGUUGGUGCUCACCAAACAGAAGUGUCCCGACCGGUUCAUGAGCCUGGAGUACAGCCCCGCCGGCAAGGAGUAUGUCAGGCAACUGGUCUACGUUGAGCAGUCGGGCUCCAGCCCCAAGAUGAAGACGGGGUUGAGGCAUAAAUAUUCCCCCAACCCCAUUGGCGGCUCCUACUCGCUGCAGCACAGCCCCUGCCUGGUCCGGGACCAACGCUUGGAGAUCAAAUCAGGUGACUACAGCAGCAUGGAGGGACCCGACUUCUGCCCUGGUCCAACGGGUGGCCAGGUGGCCCAGGGUGAGGACUCCAUGUCAUGGUCCAGCCAACAGGACACCUUGUCCUCCACCGGCUACUCGCCCUCCACCCGAAAGAGGAAAAGCCGAAAGCCUUCCCUAUCCCACGACCCCAACGCCUCCUCCACGGACGGCUCGGGGGACCGGGAGGUGUUGGGCGAGCAGAUGCUGGGUGAGGAACGAGCCACCCCGGGACCCAACAGGUCACCGAUGAACCGUACGGAGAGUAAGGCGGCAGAGGCGGAGGCGGCGCGGGGCUUCCCCGAGCCCUUCCUGGCACAGGCACGCCUGGCUUGGGAAGCCCAGCAAGCCCACUACCACAUGAAACAACGGAGCAGCUGGGAUUCCCAAAAGGACGGUUCGGGCUACGAGAGUGACGGUGCCCUCCCUUUACCCAUGCCGGGUCCGGUGGUGCGAGCCUUCAGCGAGGACGAGGCGUUGGCGCAGCAGGAGAACAAGCACUGGAAGAGGAACACCUUCGAGAAGCUGGGCUUCCCCCAGAUCCUGCUGGAGAAGAGCGUCUCUGUGCAGACCAACCUGGCCUCCCCCGAGCCCUACUUGCAUCCGUCUCAGUCGGAGGAUCUCGGUGCCUGCGCCCAGUUCGAGAGCAGCAGACAGACCAGGAACAUGAUGCCUAGCGCCAGCUGUGUCUUCCCCACCUUCAACCUGCGGAAGCCCUCCUCGGAGACGGACAUUGAGAACUGGGCCUCCAAGCACUUCAACAAGCACACCCAAGGGCUCUUCCGCAGGAAGGUGUCCAUCGCCAACAUGCUGGCCUGGAGCAGCGAGUCCAUCAAGAAACCCAUGAUCAUGACCAACGACCGUAACGUCAAGAAAGAGGCGUGCGAGAUAUUUAAACUGAUUCAGAUGUACAUGGGGGACCGGCGGGCCAAGACGGACCAACUCAACGUGGCCUUGGAGAUCGCCACCAAAGGCUGGAGCAUGCAGGGUCUGAGAGACGAGCUCUACAUCCAGCUGUGCCGGCAGACCACCGAGAACUUCCGUUACGAGAGCCUGGCCCGGGGCUGGGAGCUCAUGGCCAUUUGUUUGGCCUUUUUCCCACCCACACCCAAAUUUCAUUCCUACCUAGAAGGAUAUAUUUACAGGCACAUGGAUCCGGUGAAUGACACUAAAGUGACCCAGCACAUUAAAGAGAUCCUGGAAAGGACCAAUAAGAAGAAAUCCAAAUUGAGAAAGAAACCCAAGUCCCAUAUCGAGGAGCACGAUGGGGUGGCAAUAAGCACUUACGCCAAGUACUGCUACAACAAGCUGCAGAAGGCAGCUCUGACGGGAGCCAAGAAGGGCCUGAAGAAGCCAAACAUCGAGGAGAUCCGCCACGCCAAGAACGCCGUCUUCAACCCUUCCAUGUUCGGCAGCUCCCUGCAGGACAUCAUCAACAUGCAGAAGGAGCGGUACCCCGACCGGCAGCUGCCCUGGGUGCAGACCCGCCUCUCCGAGGAGGUCCUGGCGCUCAACGGGGACCAAACCGAGGGCAUCUUCAGAGUCCCCGGUGACAUCGACGAGGUCAACGCGCUCAAGCUGCAGGUGGACCAGUGGAAGAUCCCUACUGGCUUGGAGGACCCCCACGUUCCUGCCUCCCUGCUGAAGCUCUGGUACCGGGAGCUGGAGGAGCCGCUGAUCCCCCACGAGUUUUACGAGCAGUGCAUCACCCACUACGAGAACCCCGAGGCGGCCAUCGCCGUCGUCCACUCUCUGCCCAGGAUCAACAAAAUGGUGCUGUGCUACCUCAUCCGCUUCCUACAGGUGUUCGUGCAGCCGGCCAACGUGGCCGUCACCAAGAUGGACGUCAAUAACCUGGCCAUGGUGAUGGCCCCCAACUGCCUGCGCUGCCAGUCGGACGACCCGCGGAUCAUCUUCGAGAACACCCGCAAGGAGAUGUCCUUCAUCCGGGUGCUCAUCCAGCACCUCGACACCAGCUUCAUGGAGGGCGUCCUAUAGCAGCCGCCACCGAGUCCCCCCGCCGUGAGCCCCCUCCCCUCCGACCCCGCUCGGCCGAGGAGCACAAGCCGGACCCCGCAGAAGGAGGGUGCUGGGUGGCUCGCGUCCCCCGCCUCUCCGCGCCGCAACACCCUGCCCGUCUCCGUUCCCCCUCCGCCCGUCCUACCACGGGGCACGGCACCGUUCCCCACGCCCCACCCCGACCCUCCGGCCAUCUCACUGCCCACCUCUUCGCCGGCCGGAGGGAUCGGCCGCUCUUGGGGGGGGUCCCCAGGGACGGCAGCACCCACAGAGCCGGCGAGGAGCGUCCCUGCUCCCCGGGGACGGGCGGUGCGGCCGUGGGUGACAGCAGGCAGCGGGUGACGACAGCGUGGGGGACAGGGGAGGCUGGGCGGGGAGUCAAACAGGUCCCCCCUCACAUCUCCAUUGGGGUUGGGCAGAGAGCAGAGCUGUGGGGCAGCCGUGGGGCAGGGAGCGCCUCCAGGGCCGGUGCUGAGCUGAGCAGGCGUCGAGCACCCGGAGAAUGUGGCACAUCGGGGACCAGAGCGACAAGUGUCCCGGUGCCAGGAGAGUCCCGGCCCGCAGGGAAGGAGGCCACGGGCACAACCGGGACGCGUCUCGCGGCAGAGCUGGGUGCACCCACGGGUGGGUGCUGGGGGUCCCUUUGGGAGCUGCCGUGCCCCGGGUGGCUCGUUGCAGCCGGUUGACCAUCCUGGGGUGCUGGAGGAGGUGGGCAGGCAGGUCGCUGCCCGCGCACGGCACGGCGCCCAUCCCGGGCAGCGCACCAGACCCAUCUCACCGCAUGUUGGCACCACCAGGACCCAAAGGACCUGUCUCGGCACCCACUAUGUCUGCUUGGCCCUGCUGGACCCAUCACAGGGCCCACCAUCUGCUCCUGGCUUUGAAAGACCCAUCCUGGCACCUCUGCCUGGCCCUGCCCAUCUCCUCUUGGCACCCGCAAUCUCUGCUUGGUCCUUCUGGGCCCAUCUUGGUGCCCACCAUAACCUCUUGCUCCUGCUGGACCCAUCUUGGUGCCCACCAUCACCUCCUCCUCCUGCUGGACCCAUCUUAGUGCCCACCAUAAUCUCUUGCUCCUUCUGGACCCAUCUUGGUGCCCACCAUCUCCUCCUCCUCCUGCUGGACCCAUCUUGGUGCCCACCAUCACCUCCUCCUCCUGCUGGACCCAUCUUGGUGCCCACCAUCUCCUCCUCCUCCUGCUGGACCCAUCUUGGUGCCCACCAUCACCUCCUCCUCCUGCUGGACCCAUCUUGGUGCCCACCAUCACCUCCUCCUCCUGCUGGACCCAUCUUGGUGCUCACUAUUUCCCCCUGAUUCUCCUGGACCCAUCUUGGUGCCCAUCAUCACCUCCUGGUCCUGCUGGACUCAUCUUGGUGCCCCUCAUCUCUGCUUGGUUUUCCUGGACCCAUCAUGGCAUCUGUCAUGUUCUUCUGGUGCUGCUGGAACCACCUUGGCACUCAUCAUGUCCUCCUGGUUCUCCUGGAACCAUCUUGGUGCCCAUCAUCUCUGCAUGGUUCCAUCCAAAACAUCUUGGUACCCAUCAUCUCCUGCUCCUGCUGGACCCAUCUUGGUCCCCAACAUCUUCUCCUGGACCCAUCUUGGCAUCCAUCAUCUCCUUCCACUCCUGCUGGACCUAUCUUGGUUCCCAUCACCUCUGCUUUGCCCUGCUGGACACAUCUUGUCAUCUGGCAUGUCCUACUGGUCCUCCUGGACCCACCUUGGAGCCCAUCAUCUCCUCCUGGUCCUGCUCAAACCAUCUUGACACCCAUCAUCUCUGCUUGGCCCUGCUGGACACAUCUUGGCACCCACCAUCUCCUCCUAGUCGUGCCCAACUCAUCUUGGUGCCCAUCAUCUCUGCUUGACCCUACUGGACCCAUCUUGGUGCCCCUCAGUUCUUCCUGCUCCUGGCCAACCCAUCCUGACACCCACCAUCUCCUCCUUCUGCUGGAGCCAUCUUGGCACCCACCAUCUCCUCCAGGUCCUGUGGGGCCCAUUCUGGCACCCACCAUCUCCUCCAGGUCCUGUGGGGCCCACCUUGGCACCCACCAUCUCCUCCAGGUCCUGCUGGGCCCAUUUUGGCACCCACCAUCUCCUCCAGGUCCUCCUGGGCCCACCUUGGCACCCACCAUCUCUUCCAGGUCCUGCGGGGCCCACCUUGGCACCCACCAUCUCCUCCAGGUCCUGUGGGGCCCACCUUGGCACCCACCAUCUCCUCCAGGUCCUGCUGGGCCCAUUUUGGCACCCACCAUCUCCUCCAGGUCCUCCUGGGCCCACCUUGGCACCCACCAUCUCCUCCAGGUCCUGCGGGGCCCACCUUGGCACCCACCAUCUCCUCCAGGUCCUCCUGGGCCCACCUUGGCACCCACCAUCUCCUCCAGGUCCUGUGGGGCCCAUUCUGGCACCCACCAUCUCCUCCAGGUCCUGUGGGGCCCACCUUGGCACCCACCAUCUCCUCCAGGUCCUGCUGGGCCCAUUUUGGCACCCACCAUCUCCUCCAGGUCCUGUGGGGCCCACCUUGGCACCCACCAUCUCCUCCAGGUCCUGCGGGGCCCACCUUGGCACCCACCAUCUCCUCCAGGUCCUGUGGGGCCCACCUUGGCACCCACCAUCUCCUCCAGGUCCUGCGGGGCCCACCUUGGCACCCACCAUCUCCUCCAGGUCCUCCUGGGCCCACCUUGGCACCCACCAUCUCCUCCAGGUCCUCCUGGGCCCACCUUGGCACCCACCAUCUCCUCCAGGUCCUGCGGGGCCCACCCUGACCCCCACCCUCUCCUCCCAGACCCACCCCAGCACCCCCCUCCCCCCCCAUCCCCACCGCUGGAGCUGAAGGGUCCCCCUGGCA